UAAACUACUUUAAACAUCUUUCCAGCCCGUCGUGACUGUUGUUUUUACAUGCUCAUGAAUAUUAAUUAGCUAGUAGAUGUAAUGAUAACAUCUCAUAUUGUUAACUGACAACAUACUUGAUAAAACACUUCACACGUGUUAGAAAGUGAAAUAGAUAUAUCGUCAAAGAUGAAGUUUGACGAAAUUUUAACGCAGAUUGGAGAAUUUGGAAAAUACCAGAAAAUAGUGUACACGCUAUUAGCGUUUCCGUGCGUCAGUGUGGGGAGUUUCUGUAUGAUGCUUAUUGUCAUUCUGUAUACACCGGAACACAGAUGUAAAAUACCGUCCCUCUCAAACGACAGUUUUGCAAUUCAAAAUGACUAUCAUCGGCGUCUUAUCAAUGAGACCAUACCACUCUCUAGUGACCCGACGCAACCUUACGACAGGUGCAAUGUUUACGUCACAGACGGAAGUUCAUUUCACGCGGCAAAUGCGAGUCGCGUGAUGUGCACGGAGUGGGUUUAUGAUAAAAGUGUGUUUACAAGUACGUUUACAUCUCAGAUAAAUUUAGUAUGCAGGGAUUCGUUGAAAACAUCCCACAUUAUGAUGUUUUUCUAUUUUGGCCUGUUAGUUGGUGACUUAAUACUCGGUAUGCUGUCAGAUUCACUCGGUCGUCAUAAGAGUAUGUAUAUAGCCCUGGUGUUUUUACUGAUAUCAUCCGUGUCUGUGACCUUCACCCCAGAAUUCUAUUCGUUCGCUGUCCUACAGUUCAUAAUAGGCGGAAGUGGUCAUGGUGCUUUUGUUGCUAUCGCUGUCAUAA